AUGGACGAUUUGGAUUUAUAUGAAUUGUUGCCGGUCUUGAGGUCCUCGAACAAAUUGAGGAAAAUGCCAAUGCUGCUCCUAGAUACGAACAUAGAGCAAUACGUAGAUCCAUUUAUAGGUAAGCAUGAACCUAGUGAAUAUUAUUUUAUUUUCUUAGAUUUGUCGGACCGUAAUUUUAUUAAACGGUAUCGACUGUCCAAAGAUUUGGCCAAGAGAGUUGUAACUCUGCUAACACCUUUUAUGUACGCACCAUCUACAUCGAGAGGAAUCAGUAUUGAACGCAAAGUUAUUGUUGCUUUAAGAUUUUUUGCUGCUGGAAGUUAUCAGAUGGAUGUUGGUGAAAAUCGACAUGCAUCUGUAUCUCAGCCUUCAGUUAGCAGAAUUAUUGAAGAAGUGUCAAAUGCGUUUUCUAAUCCGGUUAUAUUUAAUCAAUUUGUUAAUUUUCCAAGCAAUUUCAAUGAGCUUGAUAGUGUGCGUACAAGUUUCUUUUCCAAGUAUGGCUUACAAGGAGUUGUUGGUGUUAUUGAUUGCACUCAUAUUGCUAUAACACCACCAAAGAAAAAUGAUGAGUUAUAUCCAGAGCAUAUCUAUGUCAAUCGUAAGGGCUAUCAUUCAAUUAACACUCAACUCAUAUGUGAUGUAAAUUUAAGAAUUCUAAAUGUGUCAGCCAGGUGGCCAGGUGGCCAGGUGGUCCACCCAUGA